UGCGCAGUGCGGGUUGUUCCCCACGCCGGGCCGGUGCCGCCGAUCCCGAUCCCGGUCCCGAUCCCAAUCCCAAACCCCGUCAUGGUGCUGGACCUCGACCUGUUCCGCGCCGACAAGGGCGGCGACCCCGACAUGGUGCGGGAGAUGCAGCGCAAGCGCUUCAAGGACCCUGCGCUGGUGGACGCGCUGGUGCGCGCGGACGGAGCCUGGAGGAGGUGCAGGUUCCGUGCUGACAACCUGAACAAGCUGAAGAACCUUUGCAGCAAAACCAUCGGGGACAAGAUGAAGAGGAAGGAGCCGGUGGGGACGGACGAGUCGGUCCCGGAGAGCGCCCGGAACCUGGAGGGGCUCACGGCCGAGGUGCUGGCGGCCCUGCAGGUGUCCCAGAUCAAGCAGGUCCGGCUCCUCAUCGACGAGGCCAUCCAGGAAUGUGACUCGGAGCGGCUCCGGCUCGAGGCCGAACGGUUCGAGAGCCUGCGGGAGAUCGGCAACCUCCUGCACCCCUCCGUGCCCAUCAGCAACGACGAGGACGUGGACAACAAGGUGGAGCGGGUGUGGGGCGACUGCAGCUGCAGGAAGAAGUAUUCCCACGUGGACCUGGUGGUGAUGGUGGACGGCUUCGAGGGCGAGAAGGGGGCGGUGGUGGCCGGGAGCCGCGGCUACUUCCUCAAGGGUCCCCUGGUGUUCCUGGAGCAGGCCCUGAUCCAGUACGCCCUGCAGAGCCUGCGGGCCCGGGGCUACACCCCCGUCUACACCCCCUUCUUCAUGCGCAAGGAGGUCAUGCAGGAGGUGGCCCAGCUCAGCCAGUUCGACGAGGAGCUCUACAAGGUGAUCGGGAAGGGCAGCGAGCGUGCCGAGGACAGCUCGGUGGAGGAGAAGUACCUGAUCGCCACGUCGGAGCAGCCCAUCGCCGCCCUGCACCGCGACGAGUGGCUGCGCCCCGAGCAGCUGCCCCUGCGCUACGCCGGCAUCAGCACCUGCUUCCGCCAGGAGGUCGGGUCCCACGGCCGCGACACGCGCGGCAUCUUCCGCGUCCACCAGUUCGAGAAGAUCGAGCAGUUCAUUUACUCCUCCCCCCACGACAACAAGUCCUGGGAGCUGUUUGAGGAGAUGAUUUCCACGGCCGAGGAGUUCUACCAGUCCCUGGGAAUCCCCUACCACAUUGUCAACAUCGUCUCGGGCUCCCUGAACCACGCAGCCAGCAAGAAGCUGGAUCUCGAGGCCUGGUUCCCCGGCUCCGGAGCCUUCCGGGAGCUCGUGUCCUGCUCCAACUGCACCGACUACCAGGCCCGGCGGCUGCGGAUCCGCUACGGCCAGACCCGCAAAAUGAUGGACAAGGUGGAGUUCGUGCACAUGCUGAACGCCACCAUGUGUGCCACCACCCGCACCAUCUGCGCCAUCCUGGAGAACCACCAGACCCCCGAGGGCAUCCUGGUGCCCGAGAGGCUGCGCGAAUUCAUGCCCCCAGACCUGCGGGAGCUGAUCCCGUUCGUGCGGCCCGCGCCCAUCGAGCAGGAGCUCUCCAAGAAGCACAAGAAGCAGCAGGAAGGGGGGGGCAAGAAGAAGGCGGGGGGGGCCCGCGAGCCGCUGCUGGAGGAGCAGAUGAAGAACAUGGCGGUCUGAGGGGGGGGGGGAGCCCCCACCCCACCCCGAGGGACUUUUGGGGUCUCCUGAGUCGUUCCCACCUUCCCGCCUGGGCCGUGCCCUCGGCUGCGCUUUUGGGGGGGGAGGGGAGGAGUCACCGUCAGGUCCCCCCCCGCGGCACAAAGAACUGACACGUGUGUGCCCCCCCUCUCUCCGUGUGUCCCCCCACGCUGAGUGGGGCCAGGAACCCCCCCCGUGUGUCCCCCACGC